CAAAACGAGGGUUCGAUCCCCCAGCAGCAAAAAAACCCCAAAAUUCCCACGCCGAUUCUGGCGCGCGCUCUUUUGUUACAGUUUAACACAAAAAUCAACAACAGUCAUGGAAACCGGCGACGAUUUUUCAGUCGCCGCCGAAUUGAAGCGUUGUAAGCAGAAGAGAAAAUCACAACCAAAAUCCAACAACAAUGUUCCUGAAUCUCCCGCCACCUCGCCGGAAAAAGUCGCCGGCGGCGAGUCUUCCUCCGGAAUUCCAGUCUCAUUGUUCGAUUAUUCAGUAGAGAAUCACUUUAAAGCAGUUGAUACAAUUUCUAAGCUCACCGGUGUACCAGAAAUUGACGAUACUGAUCGAACUGAGCUUAAUCGCUUAGCUUCCUCCAUCACAUUCUUAACAGAAUGGAGAUAUCUCAAGUACAAAACAAGAGAAGUUAAAUUUGCUUGUGAGAAUGAGAGUUCAAAAGGGAAAGAUGUGAUUGGUGAAAUAAGUUUGCCUCAAUUCUCUUCUGCGGAAGUUCCAAAGAGGCAGUUGAUGAAUGAGCAGCCAGUUCCCAAAGAAUCGAGCAAAGAUUUUGUGAUGUAUGUUGGAGGUCUAGCAUGGGGGAUGGACUGGUGUCCCCAAACUUAUGAAAAUAGGGAUGCUCCUAUCAAAAGUGAGUUUGUCGCAAUUGCUCCUCAUCCUCCUGAUUCAUCAUAUCACAAGACUGAUGCCUCACUUACAGGCAGAGGUGUAAUUCAGAUAUGGUGUCUGCCAGAUCUCAUUCAAAAAGAUAUAAUUGUGAAAGAAGAUUAUUUUGCUCAGGUUAACCAAAAAUCGUAUCGAAAUUUGACAAGAAGUGAAGCAGGUACGGGAGAAGUAUCUGGACCUCAAAAACCAAGAGGAAGACCAAAAAAGAACCCUGGUAAAGCAGUCCAGGCAAAAGCAUCUGGACCUCAAAAACCAAGAGGAAGACCAAGAAAGAAGCCUGUUACUGAAUCUUUAGGUGAUAGAGAUUGUGAAGACCACAGUUUACAACCUCUUGCUAUAGAGUGCUCGCUGCAAUCAACAGAACUUUCUGAAGAUUUGUCCUGCGGAAAUAUGAAUAAAGCCCAAGUAGAUAUUGCGCUAAGUCAAGAAAGAUGUAUUAAUGCGGCAUCUCUAGAUUCUCCGUUUACUGCUGCAACAAGGAGAGGAGUGAGAAACAAGGCAACAUUGAAAGGUCAAACUGAGAAUUCUGGUGUGAUUCCGCUAACACAAGAUGUUGCUGAAGAGUCUCCAGCUGUGAGCUCCCAGGCAUAUACUAGCAAUCGUCUUGUAUCAGCAGGGUCCAGUGAGAGUGGUGCCUCCACAAAGAGAAGAAAAAAAGAAAAAGAAAGAAUGGAAAACCAAACUCAUAAUCCUACCUUGCCCUUGCCAAUGCUAACACAAGAUGUGCAUGAAGAAUCUCCCAACACGUCCCAAUCACCUGAGAGCCAUGGCAUUCAUUCCUCACAGUUUGAUGAGAAUGGUUCUGAUAUAAUGCAGGACAUACCAACGGAUGUUUCUCUACCUAGAAUGGUGUUGUGCUUAGCUCACAAUGGAAAAAUAGCACGGGAUAUUAAAUGGAGGCCUUUAAAUCACUAUGAUGUCUCCAGACACAGAAUGGGUUAUCUUGCUGUGAUACUGGGAAAUGGAGCUUUAGAAGUGUGGGAGGUUCCUUUUCCUCAUACAAUUAAAGCUAUUUAUCCUUCCGUUCAAAAGAAGGGUACUGACCCCCGUUUCCUGAAAUUACAACCGGUAUUCAGAUGUUCAAUGCUUAAGGGCUGUGAUGAGCAAAGCAUUCCGUUAACAGUGGAGUGGUCUGCUUCACCUCCGCAUGAUAUGAUUCUCUGUGGAUGUCAUGAUGGAGUGGUUGCCUUGUGGAAGUUUUCAGCCAAUAAUUCAUCUAAAGACACGAGGCCUUUGCUUUGCUUCAGGGCAGAUACAGGUCGUAUUCGGGCGCUUUCCUGGGCACCAUUGGAAAGUGAUUCCGGGAAUACAAAUAUUAUCAUCGUAGCUGGUGACAAGGGGCUGAAAUUUUGGGACUUACGGGAUCCCUUCCGUCCGUUCCGGGAGUAUCAUGUAGGCUCGGGAGUUCAUAUAUGCAGUGUGGACUGGUUGCCAGAGCCAAGAUUUAUUGUAAUAUCAUGUGACGAUGGGACACUAAAGAUCCUUGGCUUGCCGAAGGCUGCAUAUGAUGCACCUGUCACAGGAAACUUUUUAGCUGGAACCAAACAACAGGGAUUUCAUAGUUUCACUCGGUCUCUACUUGGGAUAUGGAGUGUGCAAGCUUCUCGAGUAACAGGCAUGGUUGCAUACUGUGGGGUAGAUGGUACAGCUGCUCGGUUUCAGAUUGCUAGCAAAAUGUAUAAUGAUCCCAUGAGAACUCGUGCACCACAUUUUCUCUGUGGAUCAUUUUCCGAGGAUGAAUCAGGUAUUAGCGUCGUUACUCCAGUGCCAAAUACUCCCUUCCGAAUGAUCUACUCAGGGAAACAAUGGCGUGAUGCUAUCCCGAGAUCUCCUCAUGGUCAGGAUAAACGAGUGAUAGAGCAAUCAGAUGAACAACCCCUGGCUCUAUGUUACGGCAAUGAUCCAAACGUUGAAGGAGGAUCCGAUGACGAGUUAGCAUCUCAAACAUCCAAAACAAAAACAAAAUCCACGAGCCAGAAACCGGAAGCUGCUGAAGAAGAAGCAACACGAUCGAGAGAGAAAUUUGAAAAGUUACCUCCCAAAAUUUUGUCGAUCCACCGGAUAAGAUGGAAUAUGAACAAAGGCAGUGAGAGAUGGCUAUGCUACGGAGGAGCUGCGGGGCUGGUACGCUGUCAACAGAUUGAUUUAUAGACUGUUUGAGUAACUAACUACAAGGGGAGGAUGUAGAUUGUAAGCUUGAAUUAGUAUUAGUAUUAGUAUUAAGUUAUCCCCUUGUGUUGUGUGUAUAUUAGCAAUUUCAAAAGAAUUAUUUGGAGUUUAUUGAGCAUUCAAUAUUUA